AUGAUGACCAAGACCCUCGCCCUUGUCGCCACCACCCUCGCCGUGGCCGCCACCGCCAACCCCACCGUGGGCUAUGCGGGCUACUUUUACGAGAACUGCACCACCCCCAGCAUCGACGCGGGCAACGCCUACGCGGGCUCGUGCCUGAACGUCGAGAACUUCCCCAUCAAGUCGUUCACCGCGUACGUCGAGUCCGGCAGCUGCGCCGACGGCACCUCGGCCGUGCUGCACACCUACACGGCCUCGGGCUGCGACGAGUCCACCCUGUUCGAGACCGUCAGCGUCGACACCGAGAAGCAGUGCUUCGAGGCGGAUGUGACCCUCAUCAGCAUCAAGUCGGAGUGUGUUUAG